GAACAAAAUGGCGAUCCGAUUCCACGUCCCCGUGGCAACCACGUCUACGCCGGUCUGCUUCGUUAUGGACAGCAACGCCGUGGAAGAAGAGAUCACUGGAGAGCUCAUCAACAGAGGCGACGCUGGAGAAAUUGAGACUGGGGAGGCCUUGACCCGCUUUGUUGAGGUGGCUGAUAAACUGACCAUUCACUCCUCCCUAUCUAGUAAUGGCUGGUUUACCACUGCUUUCUGUACUAAAGCCAUCAACAAGGGAAACGCUUACCUUAUGAAAACCAGUUCUGUGGCCCAAGUGACCCAGUCAUACAAGGUCAGUGGACAAAUUGACCCAUCUCAGCCAGAGCUUAAUGUGCCUUUCAACAUCAAUAUCACUUCCGGAAUCAUAUUCAACCCCUAAAAAGGAACAUUUCAAAAGAAUGAUGUUAAGAAUAAGUAAUUAUACAAAUAUUUCUUGACAAAGCUUGAAACCGGUGACAACAUAUUUUGGAUUUCAUAUGUGGA